AUGCGCCAGACUUCUUUCCUUCUCUCCUUCGCUGCUUUCGCAUCGGUCAACGCUUUGCCGCGCGGAUACGCACCCCCCGCUGAACGGUCUUCGAUUAACGCACUUGACGAUGUUCUUGUCUUUGAUGCCCCGGCCUUCGAUGACCCAGCCAACCCCGGAAACACACUCGUUCAGCUGCAAGCCUACGCGUCGACGCGCGAGGUCAGCAUCUCUCCGCUCAUCGAUGGCGUCACGAGCGCCCUGAAGGCGAUCGGGCUCAACGUCAGCUCGAGCACGGCGGACACCGUCACGGGCCGGCUCGCGCUGUUUGCCACGCUCGGGCUUUCGGGCAAAGCGGUGACUGUCAACGUAGACGGAUGUGCGCAGCCGGCGACGCUUCCCUCGACGGCUUCGGGGGGAAUGGCGAUCCAGAAUGUCUCCGUCGGAGCGUGUGCGAGCGGAGACGCCGCUGUGCAGGGUGAUGUCAAGCUCAGCGGAUUCUUGAACAACCGGAACGUGAACUUUACCAUGUUCCCGUCGUCGAACAGCGGAUUUGGUGUCAUCUCUGGCAUGUCGUUGAUUGUUCCGUGCUCGGAAUUGGUCUCGCACACGCUCGACAAGCUGCAACUUGCGCAAACGACGCUGAUCGACACGCCGGUGCCUGUGACGGGCAUGCCCGAGCUCUACGCGUCGCUCGCCAAGUCGCUCAACUCCCCUCAAUUCGUCUACGUCUCUGGCUCGCCGUUCCAGCUGUACCCAUUCCUGCGGGACUUCAUCUCGACGACGUACUCUGCUUCCAACGGACCGAUCAUGCUGCAGAACCUGACGACGACGAACAUCCAGGACAUCAUCAACUUUGCUCAGAGCAACGGAAUCUUUGAGUACAAGUCUGCCAUGAUCGACCGUAUCCAGGGAAUGUACCCGGGCAAGAAGUUCUUGACCAUCGGAGACUCGACGCAGAAGGAUCCCGAGACCUACGCCGAGGCCAUCCGCAAAUACGGAGACUUCAUUGCCUGCGCCUGGAUCCGACAAGUCGAUGGCGCAAACAACACUGCCGAGCGAUUCGCUGCCGCCUUCGAGGGCGUCCCGGCCACCAAGUUCAAGAUCUACACUGACGACGAGAUCCCGUCGCUCGCGAACAUUGACGUUGCAGGUGGAUCCUGCUCGUAAGCUCAGAGAGAGAUGGAUAUUGAAAGAUAGCGUAAUCCUAAUCACUUAUACUGAGUAUUAUAAUGGAUAUAGGUGCGGUUGGACGAUUUAUGGACCGUGUGGUGUGUGCGAUCCGGCGGACAGACUUGACACAACACGUCUCGAUCCAUAGAAGACAGCUACGGUCGAGUCAAGCUCCUGCUGAUUCAGAUCAUGCUACAAGCCAUUGAGUAUUGAUGCUUCCCUGACUCGUUUCCUCGAACCAGGACCCGCAAUCGUUCUUGUGCUUCCUCUCAUCUAGGUUAGCAUUCGUAACGGAUGCCAGAGGAGACCGUUGAGGGGACGGGGGAAGAGUGACAGAGAACGAGGCACUGCGACAUCCGUCUUGUACAUUAGACCCACAGACUGGUUGAGCAUGGCGCGUCAUCCUGUUGGCAUACAUGUCCAGGUCGAAGAUAUCAACAUACGGGACGUGGGAGUUCUCUCCAGAGCCGGGCAUAGCGAGCGGGACCGGGACCAUCUUGCCUGUCUCAGAGUGAACAGUCACCGUGGGGCAGGUGGCUGGAAGUGGGAUCGAAGGUGAGGUCACUUGCGAUGCGAAGGGAUCGCAGAACGGGCCAUCGCCAGCAGCAGAGAACAUGUCGCCUGGAGAGUAGAUGGGCAAGUCCGGUGAACAGGCGAGCUCGGGUUCAGGAUGGUCGGUCGUGUAGAUAGUCAGAGCCUCCGCGAUGUCGGCAGAUUCUUCAGAGGGCGCAGGAGAGAUCUCAGGCACAGACGUCUGCUCGACUUGCAGAGGCGCUUCAGAUUUAGGCAGGGGCUCAGGACUGUGGAAGAGAUCAUCCAUGUUGACGGUCACCGAGCUCCAGUCUUGCACGUAGAUCUCCGGCGGCGGGGGGUAUACUGAUGUCCUCUGCGUACGUUUGCUGCUGACACUUGAUUUCUUGCGCGAUGUCCAGUGAGCUUUGAGUUUCUGUCCUUUGACCCACGCGGGGCUGGCGCUCGCCUUGAGCAGACUCGGCCGUCGUAGGAAAUCUUGCUUGUCGCGUUGCCAGGGAUCUAGUGAAAGUGGGAAAGCGAUCUGCUGAAUUUUCUUUGUCACAAAUCAAGGUAGGAUGCGCGAACCCAGUACGUGUAUCGCUGCAGCUGGAGAUCCGAAUGUGCUCGGUUCUGGAGGACGCGGCGAGGUCGUAGGUAAUGCGAUAUUGUCGUGUCGGACCGGGCGACGCAAGGAUACAAGAGAAACAAGACACGCCCAGAGGAUACCGAGAAAAUGAGCGAGAUAGACUGUGGGGGAUUUAGACAUGGGUGUAAGAACAGAGAG